UAUGAGAGAGAGAGGGAGAGAGAGAGAGACUACUCCCAGCGUAGUGUGAUUGGUGUUUUGCUCUCCUUCUUGCUAUGUGGAUUACGGCUCUCGCUGCCUACUGCAUUCCUGCUGCUGGAAACGAACACUGAAGCAUCCCAAAGCAUUUUUACUGGAGUGUAAGGACUUUUAAUAGCACUUCCCUUGAGCCGGCGGUAGACAGACUAUUGCUGUUAACUCAGAUAAGCAUGGAUAUGAACGGACGUGGAAUGCCUCCAUCGAUACCUGAGGAUGGAGAAGCCGUACACCAUGGUCCUCACAGCGAGAUGAACGGCUACCAUCAGAGGCUUCAGGGCGGUGGAGGAGAUGGAGCAGAGGAUGAGGUCCCCGUGUCCAAAUCACAGAGGCGGAAAAGUGAUGUGAAAGUCUACAAGGAGUUUUGUGAUUUUUAUGCUCGCUACAACAUGGCCAAUGCACUGGCCAAUGCCAUGUGUGAGCGCUGCAAGAGUGGCUUUGACCCAGUAGAGAAGAUAGUGAACAGCAACGGGGAACUGUACCAUGAACAGUGCUUCGUGUGUGCCCAGUGUUUCCAGCAGUUCCCAGAGGGGCUCUUCUAUGAGUUUGAAGGCAGGAAGUACUGUGAGCAUGACUUCCAGAUGCUGUUUGCACCUUGCUGCCACCAGUGUGGUGAGUUCAUUAUUGGCCGUGUGAUCAAGGCAAUGAACAACAGUUGGCAUCCAGACUGUUUCUGCUGUGAUAUCUGCCAGGCUGUGCUCGCAGAUGUUGGAUUUGUUAAGAAUGCUGGAAGGCAUCUGUGCCGUCCAUGUCACAACAGAGAGAAAGCUCGGGGCCUCGGCAAGUACAUCUGUCAGAAGUGCCACGCCAUUAUUGAGGAGCAGCCUCUGCUCUUCAAGAACGACCCCUACCACCCUGAUCACUUCAACUGCAACAACUGCGGUAAGGAGCUGACAGCUGAUGCAAGGGAGCUGAAGGGGGAGCUCUACUGUCUACCCUGCCACGACAAGAUGGGCGUCCCGAUCUGUGGAGCCUGUAGGAGACCCAUUGAAGGCCGUGUGGUUAAUGCAAUGGGCAAGCAGUGGCAUGUGGAGCAUUUUGUGUGUGCUAAGUGUGAGAAACCUUUCCUGGGACACCGUCACUACGAACGCAAGGGCCUGGCCUACUGCGAAACGCACUACAACCAGCUGUUUGGGGAUGUUUGCUACCACUGCAAUCGUGUUAUUGAAGGCGAUGUGGUGUCUGCUCUUAACAAGGCGUGGUGUGUCAACUGUUUUGCCUGCUCUACUUGCAACACCAAGCUCACCCUGAAGGAUAAGUUUGUGGAGGUGGAUCUGAAGCCGGUGUGCAAACACUGCUAUGAGCGCCUCCCUGAUGACAUGAAACGUCGGCUGGCCAAGCGAGAACGUGACUCAAAAGAGAAGAAGAAGAAAUUGAUACCCAUGUGUCUGUGAUCCCUCUCUUUCUCCUCUCUCCUUACUUCAGCUGAUCUUUCCUUUGGAACAAGUUUGUGGAGUUUGACAUGAAGCCGGUGUGUAAGAAGUGCUAUGAGAAGUUCCCUCUGGAGCUGAAGAAGAGACUGAAAAAGCUGUCUGAAACUGUUGCAAGGAAGUAAAAACACAGUGGAGCAGCUGGAGAGGGAAAGAUAGAUGAGACCAUGAGGUGGCCAUGUACAAGCCCAGAAUUAAAAUAAAGAAUUUGUGUGUUUUGCAACUGCUAUGUUGCAUUUAGGUUGGUUAUAGCUAGAAAGCAUUGCACUUUCAAUUUCAUGUGCCUGCAGCCGGCAGCUCCGCAGUCACAUUUUCGGUCAGACAGCUUUAACUUUGUGCCUUGUACCAUUUUUGCAAAAUUGCUCCACUGUGUGUUUUACACAUGCCUGCUAAUUUCCUGUAUUUAAAAAAGUGACAUAUGAGUUUUAAGAGUACAUAGAAAGCCAGAGGUAAUAUGAUGACUUAAAAGCUUUGCCGCCACCUUGUCUUGUGAUGCCAAAAAACCUUUAUUGAAAAAUAUUACUGCUUCAUUUCUAUAACAAUCAAGUAAGCCCAAAGAAAGAAAAUGUCCCAAAUGUGUAAAUAACCUCAAAUAUUUCCAACUUGUAUCAUUUUAUGUAUUAGUAGUGUUUAUUUCCAUUAAUAUUAUGCAUAAUAAGUAUUUUAUCUGCCUUUUUUUUGUUUGUUUUUUGGACCUACAUUUUAAUAUUACACAACGGACUCGACCAUCACCUGCAGUGUUGGAUUGCCUUGUUACUGUAUGUGCUAUGCAUCUUUGUGUGGCAUGAUCUCUGUGCAAAUUGGUAUUUAUUCAGCAUUUUUUUGCGUUUACAAUCUGAAUUAAUCUAAUACAGCCAAAGUGCCGAGGGCGAAAUUUAGAUUUAUUAAAUACAUGUGAGUGAAUAACUGUUACCUGUCAGUGUUCUAUAAAACAAUCCCUCCCCCGUCCCGAUGUGCUGUCAACAAAUAUUGAUCAUAACAAGCAUCUGAGCCACAGGAUUUAUUGAAUGGUUACUGCAAACUCAGUGUGUGUUACAACAUGACGGCUUGUGGCAUGUACAGAGACCGGAUAUGGGAUUGAUGUUGAACAUUUGAACGUUUCCUCUGUUGUUUGUAAUCCAGGGAAAGUGAUCCUCUUAGGGAGGUGUACCGACUUCCUCGGGGCUCAGACCCACUUAGGAAAGAAAGCCAAACUGGUCUCAUUCUUGCAGAAUGCUUCACAUGACCUCCAUUUUAUCACAAAGCUUAGCUUAAAAUACAAGCUCUAUAGAUAAACACAUUCCACUAUUUUAUCAUUAUGAAGUGUAUGUUACUGCUGUGCAUUUCCGUGCAGAUGGCACAACUUUCUCUAUGUCAUACAGAAGUAAAACUAUCCGCUGGGCUGAUUGUUGUGAGGCAGAACUUCGGCACCUCGAGCCACAAAUAGUUCAGUGCAUGGUUUUAUUUGAUACUUUACUACUCUGAUGGACUGAGAUGACUCUGUGCAAACAGAUACUGCUCUGAUACUGGAUAUCAUCAUUGCAAUGUUUGUGAGCAGAUUUAUUCAUGUUGGCACACCAAAGUGCAUGUUCUUAACUUGAAAUUUGGGAAGUUGUUUCUUAUUAUAUUUAAAGUCAUUCUGACACUUCAUCGGAAUAAACACAUAUGUCAAUGCUA